CGGAGAGGAACGUGCCCUGGCGAGUGUUGCCACGUAGACAUUUGGGUCUUCGUUGGGGUGGAGGUGGAGUCCUUGUGCUCUGACUCUGGUGCGGGCAUGGAAUUGGGCCUUGGAGGUUGAGCACCCUCUGCCGAUUUCCGACGUGCCCGACAAUCUGGGUCUGCCAGCAGGGCAGCCCAGUCUCUGGUCACUGUUCCAAAUCUUCUUGCUGCUCCUCCUUGGCUUGAGGCCCUCGCCGUUGCACCUGGAGGGAGCCGGGGCAGGGGUGCCGCCUCCUCUCUGCCCCAGGAUUGACAUUACUCCCCCAGUAUCCAUGUGGGUCCCAGUGUGCUCAAGUGGGGGUGCAUGGCAGGGGAUUCAGGUGCAGGCCCGGUGGGAGGGAGCUGCGGGGCCCUUUCCCAGCCCUCUUAGAAGGCUCCCCACUGGGCGGGCCAGGGAAGGAGGUCAUGUCGGGACGGAGUCUGGAAGGACACAGAAACCAGAGGAAGAAGCCGGGAAGGUGACGCUGGCGGGUCAGCGUGGCUGGAGCGUCACCUGGGAGCGUGUUGGAAAUGCAGAAGCUGGGACGGCACCCAGACUUCGGGGUCCCCGUCUGCGUCGUCUCCAGCGCUUGGCUGUGCGUUUGCACGCGGAGAUCUGAGCGCUGCCUUUCCUUCCCGUGGAGCCGAGAGGAGCUGGGAUGUACCCUUCUACCCACCCACCUGCUCAGCACAAAAAGCAUGAUAACGUAUUUAGAAGAUGGAAGUGAGUUCAGCUAACUGAAGUGUCAAAAACCCAAACCAAGCACCGCGCAGUGGCUGUUGGGAGACGGAGCCGUCUGCUUCCAUGCUGGUGCUCACAGCACACCUGGCUGGAGACCGUCACCACGAAGGCCAGGAAGCCCUGUGUACCCCGAGGUUCCCGUUGUCUUGUCUGCCGGAGUGAGCCUUCCCCCUUUCUCCAUCCCCUUUCCCUGGUACCUUAUGCUGAGAACGUUACUUUUUUUGGGGGGGGGGCGUUUGUAGCAAGUGGGAGCUGUGGGUAAAAUAUAAUAGCUUCGUUGGCUACUUUUGCUUUUCUUGCUUAUAUUGUGCACCUUAAUGUGCUUUUUCUUUUCUUGCUUUAUUUAUUUAUUUUUUUGGAUAAUGGCAAAAUCACCGCUUGUGGGCACCGCCACAGAUAAUACAAAAAAACCCUUUGAAAAGAGCUUUAUCUGAGCACAAAGUACUUGGAAUUGAAGACCCCCAGGGAUUUGCCUCUAUCUCAUCUUUUCUCUUCUCUCCUUCUUUCUCUCUCCCUUUCUUUGCUCCCUCUCCCCUCUCUUUUCACCCUUCUCCCUCUCCCUCCUUGUCCUCUUUCUCUUUUCUUCAUUCAAACUUCCCUAGAAGUGAGCUACUGGUAUUGCCCUAUUUUUGGCUGAUUUGCAUGUUAGAGAGAGCAGAGUAAUUGGUGUUUAACCAGAACAAAAGAGGAUCUGUUUUCUAAAAGAAAAAGAAUUUUUGAAGUAGACCCUAUUGCAUCUACUGCCUUUGUCUCUCUUCUCAUUAGGAAUUGAAUAGGAUGGCCCCCGUAAUGAGAAUGUGGGAGAUAUUGCUUUGGUUGUGAUGCUUUUUGAGCUAAUUGGUUUGAAAAUUAUAUUUGAUGUGGAUCUGAGGGAUGUUGGCAAAACACCUCUUUGGGACGGGGACAUCCCAUCCCCACAUCAGCAGGAGGAUGGGCAGGAAGAGGCGGUGUUGAAACUGUUUUUACCUUCCUGGUUGGAUGCCCUGCGGGGCCACCCCUGAGAUGUGGAUCUUUCUCCAAAUCUUGGGGUUGGUCUGUGGAUAUUGUCUUCCAGGGGCCUUGGAGGGCAAAGUUCAGUAGAAACGUCCAGUGGCCGGCAAUUCGACUUCUAGUCUAGUCACUAAUCAGUGGCAUUUCAGCCAGGACAUGAAGUUGAAAAUGAUGUAGUUUUGUGAAAAUUAAGUGAAUUUUUGAAGACUUCCAGUAAUGUUUCAGUGACCACAAAACUACCUUUAACCAUUAGAAGGUAUACUACCGCUACAUAAACUUUGAAAAAUAGAAGGACAGAACAAGUUAUAGUCACAUCACUCCAAACAACAGACUUUUUUUUUUUUAAUUUUACUGUAUCACCUGGUCUUUUGCCAUUAUAAUUCAUACACAAAUAUUUUGAAAUGAUUCUGGAAUACAUUGAUGGCUUUGGGGAUUGUGCUUAAGCACGUAUUUAUUUACUAAUAACCAGUUAAAGGGUUCUGUGACCUUGAUUCCUGUUUCAAGGUCACCCGACUUUGCACAAGUUCAAUGUUAUCUUGCAACAUUUGAUGCCAGAUAGGAAAGAGAUAAGGGUCACGAUGACUUCCAUAAGAAAAUGUGAUCCAUACCAACUUUACUGUCUUUGUGUGUUUGUUUGUUACUUUAUCUUUCUGCAAAACCUGUGAGGUGGGUCAGGGUUAAGCCCUCUUGACCCACUUUACAGAUGAGGCAAUGGAGCCCUGCUUAGGACGCGGGAGGGCGUUGAGAGGAGCAGAGGACUGAGCCAGUAGGAGUUGUCUCCAGCUUUAUCUACCAGAUCAUCCCAUUUCCUUCUGUCCCUUUUCCUUUCUACCUUUAUUUGGAAAUAAUUUAACACAGGAAUGUUUUUAAGGAUACGAUGUACAAAGAACACACAUAUAUCCUCCACUCACUUAUAUCCUUUGUUUUACCCCCUUUGCUCAGUCAGUUGAUCCCUUUGUCUCUAUAUAGUCUUGCUUUCCCCCUGAGUCAUUUGGGAAUAUUUGCAUGCGUCGUGAUGCUUUACUCCUAAAUACAUCCGUGUUCCUGAGCACGGGGAUAUUCCCUCCGCUAACUACAGGACAGUUAGGAGCUUCAGAGAUGGAACAUUGAUACGGCACUUUUAUGUAAUCUACCAUCUGUAUUCCGGUUCUGUCAGUUGCCCCACUAUGUCCUUCAUAGAAUUCUUCUUCCCGCAAGUACAGGAUAUAAUGGCGGAUCAGGUACGACAUUGAGUUUUUUUUCAUGUCUCUUUCUUCUGCCUUACCCUGGAAUAUUUCCUCAGCCUUUGUUUAACUUUCAUGCCAUUGCUGUGUGUAGAGAAUGUCAUCCUCCUUGCUUUUCCCAGUAGAAAAUUCUUGUCUAGUAUUUCCUCAUGACUAGAUUCAAGUUAUGCAUUCCUGGCCAGAAGAUGACGUAAGUGGCUUUGUGUCCUUCUCGAGGUAUUGCAGCUGGAGGCACUUGGUGUCCAUCUGCCUCUCUUUUGAUCACCUGGUCAAGGUGGUGUUUGAUUUCUCCACUGUACAGUUGUUGUGCUUUCUCUUGCAGCUGCUAAGCACUCUGUGGGGAGACAGUUUGAGAUCAUGUUCCUCAUCAGAAUUUCCACUGAGAGCGAGCAUUUGCUCAUGAUUCUGGCCUUUAGUCUUUACUGUGAUGGUUACAACGUGGUUGUCCAACUUCUGAACUCCCUCCGUGGUCACCAUUUGGCAUCUACUGUUAAGCAAAUGCCCUUCCUCUUCCCCCUUUAAUUUUAAAUCUCCUUAUUGCAGAUAUGAGUUCAUGGAGUCCUAGUAUCUCAAAGGCUUAUUAUCUUUACUGUACUUAAUAAUUUUGGUACCCAAAUUGUCCUAAAUUUGGCCACUGGGAGGCCCUUCAUUCUGAUUCCUUACAACAUACCUCCUCCCACCCAAGUGUUUUAAAGCACUUCUCUACUUUCUGGCAUAACAAGAUGUUCCGAGCUCAUCUCACAUCCACUCUGCCCCAUAUGUGGAGUUGGUCAUUUCUCCAAGGAGCUGGUUUCUUUUAGCUGGGAAUGGAUUCAAGACCAAGCUAUGAGUGUUACAAGAGCAUCUUUGCCCACUGUUACUGAGGUGUGUUUGCAUCUAGGCCAUCUCAGUGGAGGGAUCUAGGAAACACAUGAGUGUAAAAAAUAUACAUACAUACACAUAGAUACACACAGAGGCUUAUGGACAUAGACAUGCCUAAUACACACACACACACACACACACAGUUUAGAAAUAAUGAGUUCACACCGUGCCUCUGAUUGCAUUGCAUCUGCACUGGGUCCUUUCUGCACCCCUCCCCCCAUUCCAUGUUUUGGGGGGGGGCUUUGUUCCACAGUGGGAACCUGGCUCCCAGCAUCAUCACAUUCACUAGUUUGCCCAGUCCUGCAGUCCGUCCCCAACAGAACCGCAUGGCUUGCCCACUGCACUGCAGGAGACUCGCCUGUUUCAAAGAGGUCAGGGCCUGUUCUCAGCUCUCUCCCAUCCCCCCAUCCCACCUAUCCCAGCGGAGACCGGAGUGUAUCGCCCACCACUGUGCUCACAAGGCACUUGCAUUAGCUCUCCCCUCUGUGCCCUGUCCCCAUCUCUGUGGUUAUGGUUUGCUUCCUCUUCCCUUCCCAUCCUUGUUAAUUUAAUUUUAUUUAACGUGUGGGACACCAAUGUGUGUUUAAAAGUUGCCGAGAGAAGCGCUGUUCCCACAUCAUAUCCCUCCUGCCCCUGAGAGGUGACCAGCUUCAUUGUUUUCUGCUCUGUCUACAGAUAUAUGUGUAUUUUCUUAUUUCCCCUUCUUAUAUACAAGAUAGCAUGGCCUGGGCAUCUUAUUAUUUGUAAAAAAUUAAGGUCCUUAACUUUAUUCUGAUUUUCCCAGUUUUUCCUUCCUAUUCUUUUUCUAUUCUGGGAUCCCAUGUAGGACACCACUUUCCAUUUAGUAGUCUGGUCUCCUUGGUUCUGACAGUUGUGCUUUAUUUUUUUGAAAUAUAUAAAUAGUUGGUAGUUGGAGGAGAAAGGAAAAAGAUGAAGGUUAAAGGUGAGAGAUGAGAAAGGUUAGGUCCCUGUCCCCCAAACGUUAUACCUUUGUGAUUUCUACCAUAUUGUCAUGCCUCGUGUAUUAUUACUUACUCAAUUCUUUUGUUUUAUCGAUUCACUGUAUGUCCCUAAGAACAUUUUGUAAGAAUAUUUUACAUCACUACGGUAAAUGAGAAACCACUAUUACUUGCCCACUUGUAGUUUUUUGAGAGUUACAUAAAAAUUACAACCUUAUGAAGUGUAAAAAGUUUAACAGUAAAGUAACUUCUAACAUUUAUUUUUAACAGGACUCGAAACAUGUAAAUAACAACACAUUUUUGGGGGGUCUUAUUUUUUCUUAAUGAAAAUGUAAACCUAUUGAAUUCAUUGAUCUAACCCAUUGAUUAUUAUAUGCAAUAAACUAGGGCUGGGUCUCUCAGGGUAUUUGAGAAUGAGCUGUGUCUUAUGGGGGGAUAAAAUGAAAAUAUGAAUAACUGUAAUGCAAACUUGAUGAGUUCAAUGCUAAGACCAGAAAUAGUCUUCCUGUUUUUUAUUGUUUAAGUCAUUAAUAGCACAUUUGACAAAGUGACCUAUUUAUAACAGAAUUUAAACAGAGUAUAAGAGUAAUACUGAACAUACAUAUUAGUAUGUUUGUGCAUAUGUGUGCACUUUAAAUUUGCUCUGGUUGUCUUUAAGAUAAUACCUUAAAGAUUCAGGACUUCAGCUUAGCCAUAUCAAGCACAUCCCAGUUAUGCUUAUAUCUUUGACAUGGAGUUCCACAUAGAAAAUUUGCCCGCAUUUUACUAUAGCGACUCCUAAUUAAGCCGCCAUUAGCUAAUACUCUUGUUCACCAUUGUUCCUGGAAAUGAGUUGUGGCGGUCCUGGCCCGUCCCACUUGUUCUCACAUUGCCAUGGAUAAUGAGGGUGCAGUGUGUUCUGGUCUCGCAUUCUAGAAAAGCAGUGGGAAUUAACAGAGCACUCCACAGUGUAUCAUCCUAUCACAGUUUGAAUGAUGAGACCUGUAUUCCCAAAUAGCUCUCUAAAAAUGCUCUUCACCAUUAUUUUAAAAUAAUGAACACAACAUUAUAGCAGCACUUUUAAAUUGUAAGCAAAGAAAAGGAACACAUCCACCCACCAUCCUGCCCGGGGGCCUCAUUGCUUCCCGGCCCUGUCCCCGUGUGUGCAAACCCCGAGUGUAGGCGUUACCGUGGUACAGAUGCACGCUCCUCUCUCUUGCUUUUCCCAUUGGUGAGGUGUGUGUUGAAACCAAUGGCUCUUUUAGUGCAGUGGUUCUAUCUGCACGAUUGUGACUAGGAUGUUCAGUGAGGCCACGCCCGGGUCUUUUGCACACAGCACCCGCUGGAGGCAGAGCAGUGGGGUUCCGUGUGGGUUUCUCUCCUGUCAGGGUAGACUUGUCUGUAGCUUCCCCACCUGUCUUGGUGGAAUUAGCUUGAAUUGAUGUUAUCAAUGCCUCCUCAAGUCACCUGAGCGAUCCUUCAGUCUUCUUCAGGACAUUGGAUUUUCCUUAUAUCUCAGUCCUUCUUCCUUCUUUUAUUCCCUGAACCAACAUUCAGGGGUGGUGCCCUCUGCCAGGUGCUGGCCUGGCUACGAGGACACGGCAGUGAACAAGGUAAGUGCAUCUGGUCCUGUCUCCCGGAGCUCACAGUUCACUUGCACAGGUGUGAGCACACUUCCCUCGUGCUGUCCACACGUCCAGCCCUUUCUCGCCCACUCAGGGAUGCACACAUGCACACAUUGCAGCAGGAGAGGGAGAAGGUGACAGUGUUGUAGAGAGACUCUAGCAUCUGGUCUACCUUCUUAAAUGCUGGGUUCUUCGCAUGCUUUGGUACUUUGCUAAUAAUGGUCCAAGUUGCAUGUGAUAUGACUCAGUUGGAUAUACCUAUGGCAGCAGAUAUGAGGAUGGUUGGACUCGAGGGCUGAGAUGGGAGUUGCAGGAGGUGGGCGGGGAGUGAUGGCGACCAAGGCUGCCCCCUCGGACUAGAGGCCACUGCUCAGACUCAGUAUCUCAGCGGUCAGGUCACUUUUGUACCCCUGGAAGAUGGACGACCUGUGGUGGGGAAAUGGUAACAUGGUUAAGUUGGUGUCCCUCUUUCCCACAGUCACACCACCCCCGUCUCAGGGUGUUCCAGCCUCUUAGCUUUCUGCUCUUAUCUGAGUUAGGAAAGAUCUGAUAUUGUUUAUGCUGCUUUGCAGCAACUCUCCCAGGUGCUGUCUGUAAGCCUUUAAUCUCAAGUUAUGGACUGCAAAGCUUUAUCUCUGGUUCAGAGGCAUCAAGUCCUGGCCAGCAGGCGAAGGAGACAUUUGGGGGCACAGAGAAGUCUUCCUGAAGUUUCUGAAGUGAGAGCAGUUUCAGGCUAGCUGUCUGUCGUGGUUCCUAGCUGACCGCUCUCUUCCUCUGUCCCGGGGGUGGAGGCCUGGGGUGAGGGAUCCAGACUCUUCUCUGAGCCCUUCUCUCUCCUGCUACCCACCUGCCUCUCCCUUUUGGUGGUCAGUGCUGCUUGACUCCUGACCCUGCAGUCUGGGGACACUCAGGGUUGUGUGCGUUUGCGCCCCUGAGCUCAUUGGAGCUGGGUAGGGGAGAGACCUGGAGAAUGACAACUCCUGGAAAGAGCACAGGAAACACAAAGGUUCCCCAUUUGGCACAGUUGGGGAGGAACAGUUAAAUCUUUUAAUUAAAAUUUAUGAAUGAAUGAUCCUGACAUUGAUUAAAGAAAUAAGAGAAAACGGUCAACAAAUGUGUCCACUGUAUAGGUACUGGGGGAAGAAGAAAAAAAGAGGAAAAAUGAAUUGCCCGAAUGAUCUACUUGAAGCGUGAAUUGUAUACAUUUAUGCCCGAGUACCAUGGGGCGAAUAGCAAUGCUAUAAAUACUUGACUAGAUGAGUAGGUCACCUUUUAUCCGUUUGAUUACAUUAGCCAGGUUGGUGCACAGGUGAGCUGAUGGUCUGGUUACAGCCAGGAACAACAGAAGGGAGUUAACCCUGGUCAUGGAGAGUGUAUUAAGCAGAUGAACUUCAAAAAUUAUUCUCCUUGAAGCUUUUUAAAGCCAGUUCCAGGAAAAUAUAUAUACCCAAAGGAAGGGUGGGAAACCAAGAAAUAAUUUUUUAAUCCAAGAAUAUUCUAGAAUCCAGUAGUACCUGAGAAUCUCUUGAAUACAUCCUCGUUGGCUGCUCUUUUGGAAGAAUUAAUGCCUAUCUAGUGGCUCUCAUAGAUGUCAUCUGAAUGGAUUCUUGCUGACUGAUGCCAUGUGAAUUAUAAAUGAACCAUAUGGAACCACUUUGUAUUAAGUAACUCACGUGUUCCAAUGAUAGUUAUUUAGGUUGUAAUCUUUUCAAAAUCCGUUGUUAAUGACUGGUGUGUUUUCACCUGACGUUGUUAAUGCUCCAAAGCCUGUUGUUAACAGUGCCAGAGGUAGAUGUAUAUGUGUGUGCGUGUGUGUGUGUGUUCGUUCAUAGAAGGACAUUACUAUGAACCAUAUUUCAUGGUCUGAUAGCUUUUAUUUUCUUGCCUUAGAGUCCAGACACAGUGCUCUGGAAUAGCUGUUUUAGGGAUUAUGUUUAUUUGUCCUAAACGAGCGCCAGUUUCCAGUUUGUCCAGGGAAGGGCCAUGUCUGGAAACACACGGAGUGCUGGACGGACUCACCAUGUGACCGGCCCUUGGAGACUGCCCGUUGCUGCAGGAUCUCGUCCAGACGCCUUCGCCUUGCCUGUGAGGCGCGCCGCCGCGUGUCCCUCCCUCCUCUCAAGCAUUGUCACGCCUCCUCUCACACCUCGCCACUCUGUGCGCAGUGGCAGUCCCCUGCUCACCGGCUGCUGGAGCUUCCGUGCCCUUGCGGGUUGGGGGCUCCGUGGCCUGGAACGUUCUGGAAUGUUCUGGAAUGCUCACGCCUCCAUCUUGUUUGUUUGGCUUCAGCGUCACCUGGUCUUUGAGCUUCUCUCUGCCGUUCCCUCGACACUUCUUAGACUUCUCCCAUCCAAGUACUAACCAGCCCCCCCUGUUUAGCUUCUGAGAUCAGAUGAGACCGGCGCGGCACGUUCAGGGUGGUAUGGCCAUAUCCUAUCAGCCAGGGGCUCUGCGGGAAACAGGUGCUUCAUGGGAGGGAGGACCUGAAAAGACUGAACGAGGGGACCGUUCACAGAGGCGUAGACAGAGUUAAGGCUCAGCAAGGAAUGAUGAGGCAGCCAGGGCUAGUGCUAAGCGGGGUCUUAGUGGGCCCUUACUGGAAUUCAGCCGAGGGGUUCCUGGCUGGCGCUGUGGCAAGAGGGGGUGCGGUCUGGCAGGCAGGGACUGGGGCUGUCACCACCCUAACUUCCCUUUCUUCCCACCUCCUGGUGGUGUCUUCCAUUGCCAACCCUAGCUGGAAGCUGGAGAGUGAGGGAGCCCAGGAGACUGUUCCGCAGAGGUCGGUCUUGCAAGGCAUGAGCAGGGAGGGGAAGAGCGGAGGAUGGUUCUGGAGGGUCAGGGAGUAACCAGCACACACACACACGUUCUCCCGUGGGAGUGUGAUCUCAGGACGGUACCGGCCACAUCUCACUCACUCUCGUGUUCCCAGAGCCCAUCGUGUGGGGUGCUGGGACUGGGGCUCUCGUGCCUCCCUGUUCUCCAUCGGUACUUCCGAGACCCACAGAUGGUCACAAGAACAAAGAAAAUAUUUGUAGGCGGAUUAUCUGCGAACACAGUAGUGGAAGAUGUAAAGCAAUAUUUCGAGCAGUUUGGCAAGGUGGAGGAUGCGAUGCUGAUGUUUGAUAAAACUACCAACAGGCACAGAGGGUUUGGCUUUGUCACUUUUGAGAAUGAAGAUGUUGUGGAGAAAGUCUGUGAGAUUCAUUUCCAUGAAAUCAAUAAUAAAAUGGUAGAAUGUAAGAAAGCUCAGCCGAAAGAAGUCAUGUUCCCACCUGGGACGAGAGGCCGGGCCCGGGGGCUGCCUUACACCAUGGAUGCGUUCAUGCUGGGCAUGGGGAUGCUGGGCUACCCCAACUUUGUGGCAACCUAUGGCCGAGGCUACCCCGGAUUUGCUCCUAGCUAUGGCUAUCAGUUCCCAGGCUUCCCAGCAGCGGCGUACGGACCAGUGGCGGCAGCGGCGGUGGCGGCGGCGAGAGGAUCAGUCCUGAAUAGCUACAGUGCUCAACCGAAUUUUGGCGCGCCCGCUUCCCCGGCAGGCUCCAACCCGGCGCGGCCCGGAGGCUUCCCGGGGGCCAACAGCCCAGGACCUGUCGCCGAUCUCUAUGGCCCUGCCAGCCAGGACUCCGGAGUGGGGAAUUACAUAAGUGCGGCCAGCCCACAGCCGGGCUCGGGCUUCGGCCAUGGCAUAGCUGGACCUUUGAUUGCAACGGCCUUUACAAAUGGAUACCAUUGAGCAGGUGCUUUCGUUGCCAUCUCACUCUGAGAGCAUACCUGGAUGUCCAGGCAAGACUGGGCGAAGUUUCUGAGUGGCCCUUUGUUUAGGUGAUGUCCUCAGACCUGGACCCCCACCAGCCUCACUCCCCAUCCCAACCAGAGAUGGCUCACUUCGGAUCGAGGGUUGGCUACAUCUCAUCAUCUCACAAAUCUGCUGUAAUAUAAGACAACAGCUUUUAAAUGUGUAUAUAACCCAUGAUUUUGGUUUGGUUUUGUUUUGUUUUUCUUGAUGGUUUCCCAUCCCCUCCUCUCUUCCCCUUCUCCUUUGAAAUCUCUUUGAAUCACAUUUAGUAGUGAUUUUGACUUAGUCCAGUAGUCACAUAGCUUUAAUAUCUAGUUCAAAGCUAACCAUAGUAUAAUUGUUAUAUUAAGGAGUUAUUUUUUUCUUAAAAAAAAAUUUUUUUUUGCUUGUUUUGAUUCUGUUCUUACUUUUAAAGGAUGCUGAGAUGGUAAUAUUACUCUCAAUAUUUUGGUACCAAUUCUGAGACUGUAUGAAUUUUCAGGUGGAACUUUAGCACACACUGAAGCGACAUUGUGAAGUGCGGGCCGGGAGGCGGGCAUACACUUUCUAUUUUGCGUUGUAGAAGAAGUGAGAUGUAGUAGGCUAAUUAACAGACUCUCUAGCUGUUCUUUUUUGUGAUGUCUCUUUGUUAACCUGAGUAUAUCUAUUUUCGGCAAUAAGGUAAGGACGACAGUGUUUUGAGUGUCCUCCUUUUCUAUAAGUGCUUUUUUUCUGUUGAAAGAGGUGAUAUUAUAAGGUUUUUUGAAAUUGUGAAUUCUAAAAAAAGAAAUGUUGUAAAUACAAUUCCAUUAACUACAUAGAAAACUAUUAAGAAAGAGAGAAUCAAAAAUAUUUUUGUGAGGGAGUCGGUCCCGGGCAGUUUGAUGCUCUGCGGAAGGAGGAGGGAAGGGAAUACGUUGGCAAAGUCAGUGGCUAAGAGGAAGAACACCCAGCUGCCGGGACGACCCCAGGGCAAGCCAGAGCACGGUUUAGCUCCUUCGUCUGUGUGAUAGACCUAAGAACUGUAUUAGUGUCGUACCAGCCUAAUAACCUCUCGUCUGUGCACAGCUUCAAAUGUUACCGUCUAGUUAGAUUUUUAUUUAAAAUAUGAAAAACUGCUUUUCCCAAGACGUUUUUAAAAAAAAAAAAAAAACAAAGCUACAGUUUUAAUAUUUAACAUAUUUAAAGUUUCAAAGCACACCUGUUUGGCUUGGGUGGGGGGGAUGGGGAGACAUUCUUUUUCAGUCUUAAUUUUUAAAUAUUUGAUCAUUUUCUAUUGUCCGAUCAUUUCAGCACCUCCAAAGGUCCCUAGGACACUUUGCCUCUCUUCUCCCCCCGACCCCCCCCACCCUGCUCCCAGAUCCGGGGGGCCCACGGGCCAGGAGUGGAUGAGCCUGCAUUAACACAACCCUUUCUCCAUUCACUUUCUAUUUACAAAUUAGGAAAGGAACCUUUUGGUUUAUAUAUUUUUUUUAAUACCUCAGUGCUGCAAGUAUCACCAGAGAGGCUAUGGAAGAAUUUUUUUUUUUAAUUUAUUGUAGAUGUAAACAGAAUUUUAAAAGUAAAAAGUAUAAACAUCACUGCACUGUGACUGGUGGGAAAAACUGACAAUUUCCUGUUUGCACAUGUUUAACAUUUGGCUGUUAUAAUAUAUGGUCCUCGGUUGGGGAAAGAUACUUAUGAUGAAGGAUAUUUUUUAAUUUAACUUUUUUUUAAAUAUUGGUAAUAGGUCGGCAACAGCAACUAUAGAAGUACAACUCAAUAGAUGGCAUUAAAACAUAUUGUAGUGUGGAUAUAUAUUUUUUUCUUUUUUAAAAUGUGAUAUUGACGUUUUAUUAAUAUUUUUUAAAUUGUUACGUUUAUAAAUUUGGUACUUAAGGCACAGCCAGUAUGAGACACUGAAUGCGACAUUUAUUAUAAAGAGCUGCUGCACUCCUAUUUUUAUAAAUUUUACUAACAAAGUAGACUAAUGUAGACAUUCACAGACAUGGUAGGGCAAAAGCAUCUUCAAACUAAAGACUCCAAAAUGCUAACUCGGAAAGAAAGAAAAAAAGCCUUUUCAAUUCUAAUUAAACAGUAACAACAUUUUUUUAAAUAAUAAUAAUACAAAAAAUCAUGUUCUUUGUUUUUCCAAUAAAAUGUUAGGUUGUUUGGUGAGGUUUUUUAUUUUUUUUUUUUCCUUUCUUUUUUUUAAUUUCCAAACAACCAAGUUAAAGUACAAUGCUGGGCGCUUUUAAAAUAUCAAAAUUUGUUCAAAUAAUAAAAUAACAAAAUAUAAGUUUUAUUUAAAAGCAAAAACAAAGGAAAAAAAGAGACAGUAAAUUCCCAUAAAUUCAGUGUCUAGACUAGGGAAUUUAAUUACUGUUUUGUCUAUGUCGGUGAUGUACUGUACUUCCCUUCCUUUUCUCUGCACCCUCAUCACCUCUUAAAAGACUCUUUGUUGAUCAUUGUAUGUUAAUAAUGUAUAAAAUGGCUAUCUUGUAAGCGUGCUGUCCUGGUACUAGUGUAGUGACUUUUUUUCUCCUCUUUCUUCUAGUACAUAUUGAUAGGUAUAACAUAAUUAAGGUUUAAAAAAUUAGACAUAGUUAUUCAGAUUUAGGACCAGUAAGGAUAGAACUUUCUCUUAUUUAUGAAAAAAAAAAACAAGCUAAUAAUUUUGGGGCAGUUUUUUCCUUUAAUUUUUUUUUUUUAAAUUUCAAGUUUAAUUUUAUUUUUGCUGAUCUGAUGUGGUUUCAACUAACCCAAGGUCUCACAAUGUUCAAAUGCCGGCAGACUCUAUGGCGUUUUGUAGACCCCCAUCCCCCCUCACUGUGAAGGGGUGUGCCAUACUACCUUAAAUGCUAAUGCUAGAUAUGCAAAACUGGAUUUUUUUAAUUUAUUUUUUAAAAGAGGGAGGCAUGGUAUAUUAAAAUGAUUUUACUAAGAGAAAAAAAAAUAUUUUUUUAAGAAUGCUCAGAAGAAAUUGAUAAUCUGUGUGAAUAUGUUUUAGAUGUUUAUAUACCUUUUGAAGAGACCCAGUAGCCCAUAGCACAAAUCUCGUGGAAAUCCGAUAUGUUUAAAUGUGGCUACCUAGGUUAAGGUUCACGUUAGUCCCCCCCAUCCAUCUAGAAGUCCAUUUUGAAAGAUUUUUGUAAAUUUCUUUUAGCACUGAUGUUCAGCCUUGUCUUUGUUUCAGUUAAGCUCAAUGGCGAACAUGGGAACCACCUUUCGCCUUCCCUGGGGGAGAAACCCUCUUGGCUGAUGGCUUUUCCCCGGAAUUAUCAAAUAGCCACCGGGUGACUUUCUGGCUUCCAGGUCCAUCUGCCUGAGACCCCCAAACUCCUCUCCUCGCAAGCAGAGGAGAGUGAGCGGCACUAGCUCCUGGCCCCCAUCCUGGCUCUACCAGGACUUGGGGCUGAUGGAGAUGACCGAGCCUUUGGUCUGUUCUCCAGGAGCUUCCGCAGACUUGGUUUGUGGCCUUCCUUCCACCCAUCGGGAAAACCAAACAGCCUCGUGCUCUAUCCCAGUCGCUCAUGGGCUUGAUUCAAACGAAGCCCCAACAGGCCUUUGCGUUUUUUACCCUUCAUAACCUUCAUCUUAAUUUGAACUCGUAGCUUGGACUUUAAGGUAGCAUGGCUCUAUUGCUGUCAAUUUAAUGUUUCACUGCACAGCAAUCACAGCCAGUGAAUGUUACACACAUCUUGCUAGACUAGUAUAAAAAUCAUUGGGUAAUUGUUGGUUCUAAUGACCUGAAAGGUGUUCAGUUUUUUUGUUUUUGGCUUUGUUUUGUUUUUGUUUUCGAUUUUGUGGGGCGGGGUGGGGUUUGGUUGUUGUUCUUUUUCAUUUGGGGAUUUUGGAGAAAAAAAAAAUUUAUUUUUGGUUCCAAAUAGAAAAACAAAACCUAUUUUGAUCUUUAGUGCAAACGAGGGCUAGGGACUUAGCCUCCACCACCACACUGCUCAUUCUGCCAUUCACUCACUGCAGCAUAUUCAAGAAUAAAGCAAUAUAGUUUACUACAUUUUUUAUUGAAGGUCAGCCAUGCUUUCUGUAUUAUAUUGCAUACGAAAUUGUUUACAAAAGAAACACUAACUCAUACUUCUCUUUAUCGGUUGCAAGUGGCACGCAGGGACAGAAAAGAGACUGGGGGUGGGGGAGGGGAGAAUUCUUUUCUUUUCUUUUCUUUUUUCUUGAAUGUGCUUCACAAGCCUGGCCAUCUCCCAAGGACGGCAAAAGCAGGGGAGGCCGAGGGUAGAGGAGAGGGACAGACUGUAGGCAAGCACAUUGAAGAGCGACACUGGCAGGUUUCCCCACCCUCACCCUAAAGUAGAAAGCAAGCAGAAGUCAGCUCAGUCCCUCCUGGGCAUAGACACUACACAAGGAGAUGCUGGAAGUUAAGCAAUACUUUAAUACUGUAAUAUGUUUGUUUUCUUUUUCUUUCUUUCUUUUUUUUUCCACCAAAAAAAAAAAAAAGUAAGUAAACUAAAACACAAAAACAUAUAGAUACAACCCAUCCCCUCUUGGGGAGCAACCUUAAUCCAAACACUUGGCUAUCAGAUCAUCAGAAUGUAUUGUCACAGGCAGGAUUUCAUUUCCGGGAGGCAGGGGCGUGAGGGGGGAGGGGCCUGGGGGCUGAGAGACAAAAGUUCCAGAGCCUCCCAGAAGGCUCUCUACUACUGUAUUCUGUACAUACUGUACCAUCCUGUGUGGAAUCCGUGCGUGUCCUCUUGAGUAGCGUGGGCUAGCCAAUCUGCCGUUCAUGGUGUAUUGUAAAUGCGGAAUUCCAUGUGUAAUAGGAUGCAAGUCUAAGCGUUUCAUGUGGACAUAAAUGUAUCUAAAUAAAACUCUCCCUAGCACUGUGGCUGACCUCACCCUUACUUUUAUACUUUAGUAUGAAACUGAUGAGAACUUUGGUAGUGAGUAUUUUUUUUAUAUAUACAUAUAUAUGUAUCUAUAUAUAUAUAUAUCUCAAGCAUCUUUCAGGUCUUUGUGUGUGGCUUUCUUAAAGCCCUGUUGUAAAAAAUUACUAUGUGGAUGGCAGUCUCUCACAUCACAGAUGUGGAAAGUAUAAUUUUAUAUUUGUAUUUUCAAAUAAAUAAGUUUGUGAAAGGUUUCCAUCCUCUACUGUGGUCCAGAAAUCAAUGUGUUUGUCUGACAAAAAAAAAAUAAAAUAAAAUAAACUGUUUUGAA